GCAUUUGCCCCAGAGAAACGAAACGGAAUCGGAAUCAAGACAGAUUCUCAAGAAAUCCAAUUUUGCUAAAUUACCCAGUAAUUGUCACUGCAGCUCUCCCCUCACCAAUCACCACCACGUACACAACGCCGACCACCACGGCUCUUCUUCGUACUGCUCCGCCCUUACUCCAUAUUUGCGUUGUCCGUCCAACCGCUCUCGGAGCUACCGCCAAGUAUAACGUCUCCCUUCGCAUCGCACCAAAAGGCAAUUUCCGGAGACCUUCGAAAGCUACACCCUGGACCUUUUCGGCUUCACUCGACUCAACCCUACGACACUCACGGCGCCGCCGCUCCACUCCAGUCGACCUCACACUCAACGCUCAACCUCACACUCAAGAGUCGCAAUCGCAUACGCCGUUGCUCCAACUUUCCCUCACGCUCGUUGCUCACUGCCGAUUGUCUCUCACAGCGGCACUCGCGCUCGGCUGUUCGCAUUCUCGCCUUCUCGCAUCGCUUAGUGCCUUAGUCAAGCUUAUUGCCCCUCGAGUGUCGACUCUCGUUGCCGUAUCUUAGCCUCCGAUGUUCAGAUCUCCCGUUCGUAUCUCGCCUUCCUGCGUUCUCCAUUCGUGGCUUAGGCAGCUAGGUGCUUAGAUCUCCCGUUCCUCCGUUUAUCUCACGAUUUACGCUAAUCUCGUUGCUGCCGGUGUUUUCGACGAUGAAUGUGAAACUGAGGGGAUUUUUUUUAAUGAAGGGUAUCUGUGUCAUUUGAUAUUAAUAAUACAUAUAUUAAAUAAAAAUUAUGCAAGAUUCUGUGAGAGUCCUCUCCAGUACCAAACUGGCUACGGGUGCGGUCGAAUUGUGAACCCAAAACGGAGGAUCUGCCGCGCUCUUGCCGUUGCUCGUGGAAAACUCCAACAUCGCAGGAUUGGCGUGAGGACUGCGAUUCUCUCAAGACGUCUUCCCUCGCUUGGGUUCUUCUGGUGGAAGUCGCAAAUAUCUGUAGAGUUGGCGAUAUGGGGUAUGAAAAGUAUUCACCCUUAAAUCCUAUGGAUAUACUAUAGGAUGGACAGUUACUCAUGUGGUGUUCGUAAAAUCCUAAUCUCUUAUUCUAGCCUUACAGGGAGCGGAUCUGCCUGGUGAGUGUUCUACACUAGGUAAAGGAGGAUCAUGGUGGGAUUUAAAAAUAGGUACAUGGUAAUGGAGGUCUUUUUGGAUCCUAACAGAGACCAUGCGGGUAAUGAUUCUAUUAUAAUUACCCAAUUUAAUGUGUCGAAAGCAAUAAAAGAAAGCAUCCUGCUAAACUUUGGGGAGUGUGGUUUGGCUUCGUCAGUGGGAUCAUUCCUUGUCAAGCAUGUCAAUCCAAUCACCAAUACAGUCAUCAUUAGAGUCUCAAGAGAAGAAUAUCAAAAAGUUUGGUCUGCUAUUACAAUGAUCAGAAGCAUUGGGAACUACCCAGUGACUUUCAACAUGUUGGACCUGUCUGGUAGUAUAAAAGCUUGUAGAACUGCUGCCUUAAAGUGUGAGGAAUUGAAGUUUGAGCAGUACAAAUUUAAGGUGGGAGAUCGUCUCUCAACUGAUGAUACCCAGCGCAUGCAUAACUAUCUUGAAAAAAUCAAACUUUUGGAGCAUUAAAUGCUUGGCUGCCUAUCUCCUUCCUAAUGGAGUUUCCAUAAGAAAGUUGAUGUUGAUCUCAAAUUGCCUAUUCAUUCAGAAUUGAGGAUUUUGGUGUAGAUGUUCCAGUGGUAUAGGAUAGGAUUACGACGCUAGUUUUUAGAUGCCUACAGUUCCCUCCAUUCACAUGUAAUUCAGCUUCCCUGAACUAUGUGGGAAUUUGACAUGCAUGAGUAGAAAAAAGAAUCACGGAGAAAAAUGCACAAAUCUCCUUUGAAGUCAGUCACUUGCAAACGGUCUUAAAUUCUCAAAGCUGGAAAUUAAGUUUAUUUAUUUAUUUUCCUUUUAAUGAUAUCAACUCAUUUGUAAUCUUGAACAUUUUUUAAUUAAGCUUGGUAUGCUUUUUCUUUGAA